AUGUCAUCGGAGGCAGUCGAAUUCGUGCAGGCAAAGUGGCAGAAACUCAUUGAUCAGCUGGAGGCGCAAUCAACAAGGACAAAGGCAAACUGCCCAAAGAAGCUGGGAAACAACGGGCCCUAUGUAUAUGUCGAUCGGCGUAGAUAUGUGGAGCCCUUCACUCCCUUCGACAUCUCCAAGCUGACUCCACCAAAUUUGAAAGCAAAUAGCAAAGAAUCGUAG